AUGGCAACUCACAAGCCAGCACACCAAGGGCAUGGACCGAAGAAAAGCCAAGGGCUCAUGUCCGCCCUGGUCUCCAGCCCGGUGCCUCUGUACACCACGGCGGUCCUGUUCAGGGUGGUGCUCCUCAUCUACGGCCUGUGGCAGGACGCCAACUCUCCUCUCAAAUAUACCGACAUUGACUACCUCGUCUUCACCGAUGCAUCCCGUUUUGUCGCCCAGGGCCACCCCGCCGGGCCCUACGCCAGGGAGACUUACCGCUACACGCCUCUGUUGUCGUGGGCUCUCAUCCCCACCGCCUGGACCGCCCAAGGAUAUCCCCACUGGCUCAAUGUGAUCUGCUUCAGCUUUGGCAAGCUCCUCUUUGCACUCGCCGAUGUCCUCGCGGGAGCCCUGAUCGUCAGCAUCCUGACCAUGAAGGGGCAAGGCAUGCUGGCCAUGGACGCCCCCUCCGCGCGCAGGUUUGCCGCAAUCUGGCUGUUGAACCCCAUGGUCGCAACCAUCAGCACGCGCGGAAGCUCCGAGGGCCUGCUUGCCGUCCUGGUCAUGGCCCUCCUCUGGGCAGUCCUGUCGAGGAGGGUGGCGCUUGCGGGUGUCCUCCUGGGCCUGGGCGUGCACUUCAAGAUAUACCCCUUCAUCUACGCACCCGCCAUCGUCUGGUGGAUGGACGACAACCGCAUGCACGCUCGGCCGCCCGCGCAGUCGUCAGCAUUUGGCUUCCUCACCUUUCCGCGGCUCAAGCUCGCCCUCGUAAGCCUCGGGGUGUUCAUGGCCCUAAACAUGACCAUGUAUGCCUCAUACGGGAAACCCUUCCUCGUACACACCUUUUUCUAUCACGUCACACGCAUCGACCAUCGCCACAACUUCAGCCCUUAUAAUAUCCCCCUUUACUUGGCCUCCGCCCUCCCCCAAGACGCCCCCCGGGGCCUACGCGUCGAGUCGGUAGCUUUCUUACCGCAGCUCCUGCUGUCUUGUGUUUUGAUCCCUCUGGUCAUGGCCAAGAAGGACCUGCCGGCCACCUUGCUGGCCCAGACCUGGGUUUUUGUGGCAUUUAACAAAGUCUGUACAAGCCAGUACUUUCUCUGGUAUCUCAUCUUUCUCCCACUCUAUCUCCCACGCUCUUCCUUCAUGCGCAAUGCGAAGCUGGGCGUGGCGGCUCUGCUGCUGUGGGUCUCGACACAGGCAGCGUGGCUGCAGCAGGGCUACGAGUUGGAGUUUCUAGGGGAGAGCACCUUUGUGCCUGGCCUGUGGACAGCAGGUUUGGGUUUUUUUCUUGGCAAUUGUUGGAUUCUUGGUGUCAUUGUGGGCGAUGUAGCAUGA